AUGGGAAAAUCGUGGUCGGAGGGUCCGGCAGUAGUGAGAGAGAGAGCUGCCAAGAGGGCAGCGCUGGCUGCAGCGGAGGUGGUGAAGAUGUCUGAGCAGGGCAAUGGUGUCGGGGCGUCAGCACUCUCAUACUUCUCAGCCGUUGGAUUGAACGCUCUGGAGGUGUUGGUGACAUCCGUGCACGUCAAGUACACACACUCCUCCUCCGACCCCAAGGGGGCCUUUGAGUUUGGCCUUCAUCUGGACCAUCUCUCUGUGGCCGCUGCUGCCUCCAAGGACCCCCUUGCUGCUGCCGCUGCCGCUGCUGCAGACGCCAUUGCUUCUGCGUCCGCCUCUGCUCUCAACACAGCCCCUGCUGCUGGUGGUCCUGCUGCUGCUGGUGAUCCUGGAUCGACUGCUUCCUUCUUUGCGCCGCCAGACAGCCAGACUCCCACAGAGAGGCUUCUGGAGCAGCAGUGGGAGCAAGAGACUGGGCAGGAGCAGGGAGGGGGGCAGGGGAAGCCGCAGAUAGGGGACGCGGGCAGGAAGGGAGGGGCAGGGAGAAAUUUGAGGAAGAGCAUUGAGGUGCGGGGGUUGUCGUUUUACUGGAAUUCCCGCAAGAGAGGGUUCGAGGGGAGUACUGCCGGACCUACGGAGCAGGGAGGUGGGGAGGGGAGGACAGGGAAGGAAGGGGCAGAGGGUGGAGAGAGAUGGAGGCAGGGAGGAGCAGUGAGGGGUGGUUCAAGAGAGAGGGGAGGGGAGGAGAGCAUGGAUGCGGACAUAGUGUGGGGCGAGGGUGAGUUAGUGCCCAGUGAUGAUGAGGAGGGUGGAGGGAUGGGUGCCAAGAGGCAGAGGCGGAAAGAGGCGGGUGACCGGGUAGGAACGGGGAGGGGGCAACACAGUGGUGGCCGGAGGGGGGAGGAAGGGACGGAGGCAGUGGCGAACAACAUGUUGCAUCCCUUGGAUGCUUCUAUCAGACUUGUGAUGCAUAUAGGCCCUCCUGUGCACACAAGCACUGCUCCCGUCUCCGUCUCUCUCCGUUGCAACCGCCUGCGAGUGUCACUCGAGGAGCACCAGUACCAGGACGUGCUGCUGCUGGCUGAUGCUUUCAACGUGCUGCGCCUCAGAGAAAGGUAUGGCCGCUUUCGCCCCGCGGCCUUGUUCUCUUCCACCCAGAACACACCAACCAAUGGCACCACCAACCCAGCCGACAAUACAGCUGCUGUCAGCGACGGGCAGCAAGGCGGCAGCAGCAGAGUGGCUGGGGAGAGAGUGCACGCAUUGUGGUCAUACGCGCUCAAUGCCGUGCUCUUUGAUGUGCGCCAACGCCUCUACCGCCGCUCCUUCCUCUACCUUCCUUCCCGCCUGGCGAAGCGACGGCAGUACACGGCCUUGUACAAAAGGAAGCUGGAAUUGCUGCAAGACCUCCCUGUGGAGGAGAGGCAGCAGCUGGAGGAGAUGGAGGACGAGCUGGAGCUAGAAGACAUUCUCCUAUUCCGGACAGCUGCCGCGCAGCGCGCUGCCCGCACAGAAUGGGCCAACCCCUCCACUUCAAAAGACUCUACCGAAGAUGCCUCUGUGGAGAAAGACGGGCGAGGGGACAGGCGCAAGGGCAAAGCAGCCCAGCAGAAGCAGCAGCAGCAGCGGAGGGGGAGGGGGUGGUUGAACUGGCUGUCCCAGGGCAUGCUGGGCGCUGGUGGCUCUGAUGCGUCUGCAGCAGCUGACGUCAUGGCUGCUGUCAGUGACCGUGACUUAGAGGAGCUCUAUCGCACGCUGGACUCGCCCUUUGAUGCUGCUGACGGGGAUAACGGGCUGGAUGAGCCGUCCUGGAUGUCCACGUCAGCAUCCACGUCAUCAUCGGCAUCUAUGGCCAUGGAUGCCACGUCAGCAGCAGCACCCAGAGCCAUGAACAGGAGCCGUUCUUCUGUGCACACCCUUUCAUUCUCCGAGUCCUCUUCUUCGCUCGACGCCUGCAUUCCCGAGGACUCCAGUGUAACAGGGCCCUCCAGCCGAGUGCUCCCUCACGCGUCUCAUAGGACGACUCAUGGCAGGGCAGCAGUGUCCGUGUGCCACCUGGCGUUAACUGCACAGGUGGCAGACGGUCAUGCCUCCCUGCGUAGCUCAUACUCACGGCGGGACAUUCUGAGCCUUAAGCUGGGAGGGCUACUGCUCAACUCGCGAGUGUGGACCAGCUCCUCCUCUCUCUCCCUCACUCUCUCCUCCCUCGAAGCCUUCGACCUCUGGAGCACCUCAGGAGCUGCAAAGGGCACACUUGACGCCUCUGCUUCGUUUGCUGGACCAGGCUCGCAGGGCAUGCGAGCGGGAGUAGGCAUGGGAGGAGGCAUAAGCAGUGAAAGGAGUCGAAUCUCUCCAUCCUCCUCUCAGGAGGAUGAGGCCGUCAGGAUUCUCUUUCCACAGCUCCCGCACGCCUCGCUGCACGAUUUCCUCCCUCCAUCCCACCCGUCACACCCCUCCUUCCACUCCGCAGCCUCCUCCUUCGCCUCCCCCUCCACCGUCUCCUCUCCCUCCCCUGCCGGCCACGGCCAUCUGCUUCUGCGUUCUUCCAGUGCUGCCUGGGGCCUGGGCCGCCCAGCCCUGGGGGCGGGCCUGGGAGGACCUGUGGGGGGCGGGGGGAAGGGGCAGAUGUUACCACCUCUGGGUAUCGGUGCCAUUGCUGCAGCAGAGCAUGCGGUUGCUAUGGGUGGUGGGGGCGAGAGAGGGAUUGGAGGGGGUGAUGUUGGGGGGAGGGGGUAUGGGGUGGAGCCAGUGCAGGCGGUGGUGGGUGUGGAGGUGCUGAAGCGCGUGGGCAUGUUCUUCAGCCAUCCCACGACCGUGCCCACCCACCAAGAACAGGUGAUUGCGUCCAUCAACUCGUUGGACUCAACUACUGCUCGAGCCACAGCCAAGUCUGGCCUAGUGCUAGCCACACGCAAGGUGCUGCAUCUGCAUGUGGACGUGGCAAGCAUCACGAUCGUUGUUCCGCACGCUGACACAUACCUCUCUGCCCGCCCCUGCCCCCUGCUGGUGCUACAGCUGGCGUCACUGCACAUCUCGUCCAUCCCUGAACCCCCUGAGCGGUCUCUCCUUGCCCAAGCCCUCGCCUCCUCAGGCAACCUGCGAUCAGCACUCUCCGUCCUGGGCGAGAAGGGCCUGAUGGGCGGGAGUGACGUUGGUAUGAGAGGAGGAACGGCAGAGGAUCAGGGGCCGGCAGCAGGAGUUGAAGUGGAGAGCGGAGGGAGAGAGGAGAGGGAAGGAGAGAGGAUGGGGGGAGUGGACGUUGGAGGUAUGGAAGGAGGCACAGGCAGCGGUACGGACGCUGGGCAUGCGGAUGGACAGAUGGGAGGGGAAAGGACGGGAGGCGUUGGGAAGAGAGGCAUGGCAGAGUGGGUUCAGAAGAUGGUGUUAUUUGACAGUGUCGCAGUUAGAGCCGCUGCUGUCAAGGUAUUUCUGGUUCCACCGCCCCCUCGCACUGCACUACCCACGCCACCAGCCCCACCAGUCUCCCACCCAUUCUGGCCUGGCCUCCCCCCAGGUGCACUGGGGGCAGCAGGGAAUAUGUGGAUGGGCGGUGGUGGUGGUAGCAGCAUGGCAGGAUCGGGCAGUGCAGGGGAGGCUGGGAUUGAGAGUGGCAGAGAGCUGCCACUGGUGGAGGAGUUUUCCGUCCACCUGCACCUGCUGCUCUGCGCUCUCUCAGGCGACCCUGCCACCACCAAGGCUGUUCCUGCACACCAGCCAUCCUCUUCCGCUAUCCUCUUCCCUCCCACCACCUCGUCUUCCCAAACCCCUCCCCACGCUGCCCCCUCCAGCAGCAACAACCCUCUGCUUGCCUCAGGGCCCAUAGCUGUCCCACAUCGCAUGGGGCAGCUGCAAGGAGGAACGGGGGGUCAAGGUGCAAGGAGGGGGACUGCAGGUGAGGCAGGAAGCGGGGGCGGUGUAAGGAGUGGCAGCGGGGGGAUGACUUCUACUCCCUCUUGGUCCGAAAUGCUUCACACCAUUCUGCAGCGUGACGCUGCCAAGGUGCCACAUCAGCUUCUGGCAUCGCCCGAUCUAGAAAACACCGGGCUUUCUUUGCUGCUACAGCAGCAGCAGCAGCAGCAGCAGCAGCAGCAGCAGCAGGAGCAGGGGGACGCUGGAGGGGACGAAAGUGGGACUGUGAAUGAGGGUGGUGGCAGCAGCGGCGAUGGGAAAGCAGGAGGAGGAAUAGGGGGUUUGAUUCGGGUGCAGUCACGGAGGGUGGCAGUGGCGAGUGGCAUGGAUGUAUUAACAGGCACGCCCUUUUCCGAUGCAGGAGUGUCAGUGGGCAAAAUUACAGUGCGACUGGACUUGAGUAGCUCUUUGACAGAGUUGCAUGGUUCCAGCAGCAGCAAGCGCAGCAGGGCUGGGCAAAGCAGGGGGUCUGCAGGUGGGGGGGAAUCAGGAGCCCACGUGAUCACUCUUGAGGCUACUGGCUUGGAUGUCCGCCUGGUUCAGAGGCUACUCGAGGAGCGCGUCUAUGCCACUCUGCACCGCAUCCAACUCACCGAUUCCUCGCGACCGCUCUCCUGCCCCACCCACCACAUCAUCCAAACGCACCUCCCCCCCUCGGCCAACCCAACCCUGAGUUUCCCUACCCUAGCUACAUCACACCCUCCCACACCCGCCUCCAUGCCCCAUUCCAUCCUCUCCUCCCCCUCUCUCUCCUUCCAGCUGGCGCCAUCACCACGAAUCUGGCUCUCCCCACAAAUGCUCUCAGGUUUCUACACCCAAACAGACCCCUCGGCUCCCCACAUGCUUGUCUCCCGUGUCCUUUCCGCCCCCUCUCUCCCUGCGUGCCUCUCCUUCUCUUCGCUGCCCAUGCCUGCCAUACCAACUACUGGCCAGACAGGGGCUCCCCUGGGAGCAGCACUGAGUGGUGGAGCACUGGGUGGUGGCCAAUCCUCAGCAGAAAAUCCUGCCAGCACUGCUCACUGGCUGGGAGGAGAGAAUGUAGGCUUGGCAGGCGUAUCUGCCCCAGCCACUUCGGGAGCAGUGGCAGUAGACGGGGCAAGGGCAGGGGAGUGUGUGUUGCGUGUGGAGUUGUGCCUGAAAUCAAGGUCACUGACUGCACCAACUCGUGACUCUACGUCCCUCUCCUUCCACCUCUCCUCCCUCCACCUCACUGCCUUCCAACCCACGCUCCUCGCCCUACUAGCCUUCUCCUCCUCCCUCUCCACCCCCACUCCCCCCUCUCCCUUCUCUGCCCUGCCAGGCAGUGGAGGAAGCAAGAGACACCACUCCCACAACAGGGAGGGGGGGAGUGGGCUCAUGGGAACACACCCCUCUGCAGACCUCUCACUCUUUGAGAGCCCCUCUAGCUCCUUCUCCUCCGCUGCCUCCUCGCCCUUCAACUCUCCCCCACCCACUACUGACGCCCUGCUGUCGCCAGCAGUACUGGCCACUGGCGCACUGGGCAUGAGUCCGCAGAGGUCCAGGGGGCGGGUUGGAGUGGGACGGCAGGGGAUGGAGAGACAGAGUGCACGGGUUGUGUUUGAGAAGGUGUCUGGAGAUGAUGUCACUGACGCUGCUGCUGGUUCUGGGGGUGUUGCCUCAAACGAUGGUGGCACUGCCACUCAAACAAGUUCCUCUCUGCGUCCUGCUCCCACCCGCGGCCCAUCCACUCACAUCGUUCUGCCUGCUCCUGACAACUCAGGUGCAGGCGGCUCAGAACUGACUUUGGACGGCAGAGUAACUGGACUGGUGGUGCGGCUGAUGGAGGAGUGGGACGAGGCAGCACUAGAAGGACUGAAAGGAGGAGCAGAGGAGAUUCAUGGGAUGGCAGGAAGGAAGGAUGGGGAGGGGAAGGGGCAUGUGGUGGAGGUGGCAACUGCUUCGCUGAGUGAGGCAUUGGUGCAGGCAGAUGUGAAGCAUCUGAUGGGCCAAUCCCUGCCUGCCACGUGGGCAUCCUGUGGGCGCAUCAGUGGGUUUGAGGUAUGGGGCCCCGUGGGUGAUGGGGGGUGCUAUGUUCCCUAUCACCCUGCAAAUCCUGCCUCUACUACCCCACCAAGCACUUCACAACUGCAGCAAGGGCUGCAGCAACAGCAGCAGCAGCAGCAGCAGCAGCAGCAGCAGCAACAGCAGCAGCGGCAGGUGAUAGUGGGUAGUGUGUGGGCACCAGGAGCACAGCCCGGCACCAUAACCUUUGCAGCCCAUGGCGCUCACACAGGGCUAUAUGGGGAAGGUGUGCCUGGGGCAGGCGCCACUCUGCAUGUGGAUGUGGCCGUCUCCCGGCUGCUGCUCGUGGUCUCACAGCCAUUCACACACGGGCUUGUGAGCCAUGUCACGCGCUACCUCCCUGCCCCCUCCAUGACUGCUACUGCAACGCACACUGUUGCUGGGGGAAGUGGGGAGCCUGCAUCAGCGUCGCCCCUUGCACGGCAGGGUCGAGAGAGGGGGCAGCAGGAGCAGCAGUCACAGCACGCAAGUUUCACGACUGCCACUAGCCCCUCACCCUCUCCCCACAUCACACUCCCUGCACGCACGCCUCUCUUUAUGUCCGUCUCUUCCGAUUCCCCGUCUCCAUCCAACCACCACACAGGAAAGGCCAGAGCAGCUCGCACUGCCAUUGCUUCCCCUGCCACCACCCGUCUCUCCCCAUCACCUUUAAGAGGGGGAAUUGCUGUUCGGGGGGGUGGGGGUGUGAAGCAGCUGAGAGGUGGAGGGUCAGGGGGAUGGGCUGGUGGGGAGGGGCGGACCAGCGGGAGCAGCCAAACCAGCCCGCUGGGGGUGAAAGGCAAGGGGAAGAGGGAGAGGGGGGAGGGGGGGAGUGUGGGGGGGCUGGGAAGUGUUGGGGGGGCGGGGAGUGGGUCGGGAGAGGGCGACAGCUGGUCAGGGGCACAGUUUUUCAGCCCUGUGGGGGAUAGUCCCCUGAGGUGGGAAGUGGUGGAGGAGGGGGUUGCGGCAGAGGGUGUAGGGGAGGAGUGGGAGCAAGGGCAAGGGAGAAUGAGAGUGGAGGGGGCUGUGAGGGUAGAAGGAUGUGAGAUUGCUGUCAUUCCCUUAGGCCAGACUCAGAGCUUGCUGCAGCCAUCAGCAGCCAAUCAGCUGCAGCCACGUGGAUCCAAUGGGAUCGUACCAGCAACGACAUCAGGAGAGUGGCGAGGCCAUCCGUGCCUGAUCAUUGAGCUGCCUCUCAUCACUGCCAACCUCCCACGCCACGUGGCAUGCUGGGAUUGGUCCUCAUCUGGCACAAUCACAUGGCUGGAUGGAAGAGAGCAUGAAGUCAGUAACAUGGGCGGGAGACGAGGCAACGAGGAGGGCGAGACAGGAAGAGGGAGCACAGUUGUGGGAGAAGGGAACAGUGGGAACAGUGACGAUGCGGAAUGGGAGGCGGUGGAGGUGAGGGUGGAGGGAUUCAGAGUGAGUAUGGUCACAGGCAAGCUGCUGCCGCUCCGUGAGGUGGUACCUGGUGGGGGCGCAUGUGGUGCAGGGGGGGAGAACGAGGAGGUGGGGUGGGUGGGGGAGAGAGUGCCUGUGGUGCAGCGAGUGGAUGUGCUGCUACACGUGGCACUGCCACAGGCUGCUGGGGGCAGCAGCCAGCCCGGUUCUGCACUGCAGGGCGCGGCACAAGGAGUGGGCGUGGGAUCUGAGGCAGCAUCAGGGAUGGUGGAGUCAGGAGGGGAGGCAGCAGCGAUGGGCAGCCCGCAUGAGUGGAUGCGAGUUAUGGUUCAAGUGCCCACGGUCCAACUGCUCCUCAUGGAUAAUUCCCGUGUAAGGGAGGCGGACCUUCUCUCAGGCUCCAUCGCUGCCCUGCUCGCCCUCAUCCCGCCCCAGCCCCCCCCCCAGCAGCCCUCCCCUCCCAUCGCCCUGAGAUUCCACCUGCACCACCUGCACCUGCACAUCACACGAGGCACAACCUCCCUCCCAUCAUCCCCUUCCUCCUCCACUCAUGGCACAACCCCCUCGUUCCUUCUUCCCCCUGGCCCUCUCAUCGCCCUCCUCUCCAUCGAUCAUUUGCGCUGCGCUGCAGCGCUGCAACCAUCUGGCCAAUCCGUGAAGGCCACGUGGCAGAGUAUUGCCCUUUGGGGCUUACAGGCAGGGAUGGCAAGCGCUUUCCAACAGCGUGGUAGUGCUGCUGCAGCCUCAGCCAGUGGCCAGGCAAGGCCGCCACCUGCCUUUUCACAGGAAGGAAUGGCAGCAGAUGCACAAGCAGCAGCGGAAGCAGCAAUUGGAGGACCAUCACCAGAAGGGGCGAGGGCAGGAGGAUUUUCUGCAGGAGAGAUUUCAGCGGCAGUGCUGGAGUUUCUGCAAGUGGCUGUGCCUCUCUUUGUGAUCGAGCGUGAGAGGGGCUGUUCUCUCCCUUCCCCCACCCUCUGGGUCUUCCUCCCUGCCUGGUCUCUCCUCACUUCCCUGCUUGCUGCUAAGGCACCUAAAGGAGGCGACACAGGAGGUGCAGAGGCGGCAGGGGGUCAGCGUGCAAGAGGCAGCAAUGGAUCAGGCAUAAGGGAGGGGCAGGGGAUUGGAAGGAGAGGGGCUGAGGGGCUGACGGGGAUGAUGGGCGUGAAGCUGGGUGAGGCUGGUGGUAGUGUAGGGCAUGCUGAUAUGGAGGGGUUGCUGUGCGCGUCUCUCGAGGAAGGGGCGAGUGGGGGAGCAGAAGGGGAAGGGAUUGGCGUAUUGGUUGGUGAAAUCGGCGCAAGCAGUGAUGGUGGUAAUGCAGCAGCAGUAGCUGUGGCAGCAGAAGCAGCAGUGCGUGUGCAUUUGAAGGUGCAUGCAGGUGUGAAGGUGGAUGAAAUCACCCUCGUGCUUCCCAGUCAACGCACCUCCCAGCCUGCCUUGCAGCACACAUCCCCUCCAUCUGCUCCUCACACCCGCACGCAACAGGCAGCACAGCAUCAGAGGGGCGCAGGCACCACAGCCCAUCAUUUCAGCCCAGGUAUAUUCCCAGGGGAGUGUGGCAGCAACACGGAGCGGUGCAGUGCGGUGGUGGUGCGUGUGAGGACUGUGCACUCCCUGGUGCAAGCCUCUGUACCUGCCAGUACUAGUCUCAGCAGAGCCGAGCUCUCUGCUGGCCUGCAUUCUGUGGAACUUACCUGUGUGCGCCGUCUUGGCUUGGGGCAUUCUGGGGUGGGCCAUGGGGACGGCAGUGGUGAUGGCAGUGCUGCUGGUGCUGCAGACCUGUUCACGCCUGACCUGCUUAACCUCCCUCCUGCCUCCCUCAAUGCUGCUUCCUUAUCUCCAAGCUCCAACCCUUUCUCCUUCCGCCUUAGCUGCUUCCUGCCUCCUCCUACAGAUGCUCCUCCACCUGCCCCUGCCCCUGCAUCUGCCCCAACCGCAUCCAACCCACCAUCUGUUCGUCUGCCGCCGCCUCCUCCCACCUCAAUGCGCCUGCUGCAGCUGGCAGGGCUGCAGGUGCGACUGACAGCAGCUGCUGCUCCCCCGGGGAGUGUAACAGCGAUGAGUGCAGAUGGGCUUGAUGCUGGUGCUGGGAGAGUGGAGGAGGAGGGGGACGGCGGGUCGGGCAGAGUGAGAGAAGAGGGAGGUUCAACAUUAGGGAGAUAUGCAGAGGAGAUACGUGAAAACAACAGCAUGGUUUCUGGUGGUGGUGUUGGUGGUUGCAGCAGUGCACUUGGCAUGAUUUGCCUGAAGAAUCUAGUGGAACUGGAGAGAAGGGAGCAGGAGAACGUAGUGGCAGUGGUGGCGGAGAGUGAGGAGGACAGCGAGCCCCUCUUUCACCUCUCCCUCAGCACCACAGCAGGCCACGCCCUUGCAUGCCUGCCCAGUGGCCACCUGCACGCCUCCCUUGCUACCACUCUCGCUCUGCACUAUCUCAACCAGGACAAGGCUGCCUUAGAGCCUCUUUGUGAGCCGUGGCCCUUCCAGCUUUCGGCCUCUCUGCACUCCCUCUCCUCCCUCACCAACCCUCAAUCUGCCUCCGCCUCCACUCUCCCUCCACCCCUCCUCUCCACUUCCUCCUCCUCUCCCUCUGCCUCCUCCACCGCUCUCACCUCCUUGGCUCUCACCUCCUCCCAUCCUCUCAAUCUCAAUUUCACGCCAUCACUCCUCGAGGCACAGGCAGGCAGCCAUGGGAGGGCCAGCAGCAGAGGAAGGGCAACGAGCCUCACAGGCAGCACCACAGCAGCAGGAAUGGCAGGCCGGCAAUUGUGGGUGCGAGUGGGAGUGGACGGCAGUGACUCAGUCUGCCGCCCGCUGCUGCUGGAGGGCGGCACGCGGCUGGCCUUCCCUGUCUCAUACAUAGCAGGGGGGAGCAGAUGUGAAUGGGAAAGGGGAGCUGAGGGCAUGGCUUUGCAAGGGCUCAGAAUGGGGUGGGGAGAGGAUGGGGCGACAGGGGUGGGGCUGCAAGGGGUAGCGGCAGUGGAAGGGGGGGCAGCGCGGGUGCACGGGACAGUGAUGCUGGAGGUGGUUCGAGAGGGGCGCAGGCACCGCCUUGUGUUGCGCUCCCUGGUCUCAAUCGUCAACGCCUCGCACACGCCCCUGCUACUCCAAGCUCAUCACUCCCACCGCCCCGACCUGCCUGUGGAAGACGUGGGGGUGUGUGGCGCCAAGAGCACUCUGCACCUUCCGCUGCACCUCACCGCGUCCACCUCUCUCCGCUGGCGACCGGUGCAGGGGCCGUGGGCGUGGAGCGAGGAGACUAGGCUCGAUGAUGCUCUGAUGGCCCCCGCUGCUGCUACUGUCACUUGCACUGGCAGCAGUGGCUUACCACCAGUGGCACCCUCGCAUGGCCCCAUUCCCCGGACGCCUCUCACCAUUCCACCCCACGGGGCCACCGCUGCUGCCCACCUCUCCCACUCACCUCCCCUCACCACCACCAGCCGGUCUCAUCCCAGCAGCCCCCCUCUCACCCUCCGCCGCAUUUCGUCCUCAAGUGCCGAUGCCGUCGCCAUUGCUGCAGCUGCUGCAGCCCAAGCUGCUUCACUCUUAGCCAAUCCGCACCUCCCUGCUCCAUCUGCCACGUUAGCAGGCCCUGCCAGCAUGGCAACAACAAGCCAUGGCGCAACAUCACCCCCUGCCAUCGGCCCCUCUUUUCCUCUCUCCAGAAGUGGCAGUGCUGUCAGCAUCGGCUGCCCUUCUCCCGUGCUCGCAUCCUCUGCUGCACCUGUGGAUGGCCGAAGGGCAGCAGGCAGGAGACACAGCAGAGGAGGGAGUGAUGCAUGGUGGGCGGUGGCGGGGGAGAGAGAAGGGCCGAGGGGGGAGAGGGGAGGAGGAGGAGAGCCAGGUGCGGCAAUUGAGGAGGGCAUGGCGUGGGAGCAGCAGCUGUGUCUCGCAGCGCCUCUUGUGUUGAAGAACCUUCUUCUUGUGCCAGUUACUGUCACGCUGAUCUGCACAGACCAGCACGUUCUGCUGCCAACCACCAUCUACAUUCCUCCUGGCUCGUCUGUGGAGGUGUUUGACUUCCCCGCCCACAACACCCUGCAUGCCACGCUGCUCGUCCCUGGCUUUCAAGAGUCUCCACCUCUGCUGCUGCCCGCACCUCCUGCUGCCAGCACCAACGGCGGGCGGCAAGGGGGGCAGAAGAAGAGGGGAUGGAGGGGAAAAGAUGGGGAGGAGGGACAGGACAGGCGGGGGGAAGAAUGGCAGCAGAACAAGGAGGAGGAGGUGCUGCUCACUCGCAUCACAGGUGGGUGCCGCUAA